GUGUGCUCUUGCGUGUUCGCAGUGGAAUUGUGGAAUUCGCAUUGCAAAUUAACGCCCUCGCGAUCGUCGGGCUUAGUUCGUACAGGAAAAGCUGGUCGGGCCGAAGUCGUCAAUCAAAGUGAAGUGAUCGAUACAUUGUAUACGGAGAGUGAUAGCCUCUACUACGCUCAAUGCAGAGCGAUGUCAGAGUUCGAUCUAUUCUCAGCAAUAUGGUGAGAGAGUGAUCAAGCGGAACAGUUUUCGAUCCAGUAGUGAAUGACGAUCGAUCGAGUGCGCCUAUCAUCUACCUACUACGACUCGAACAGUGACUCAGCUGGCGGCGCUUGUUUCGAGUUUUUGAUGCAUUCUCCUUUGGGAGAUCUCGGGAAUCUCGCUGUUGGGUUUCUCUGUGUGCAGUGCUCAAAUGUGUGCGCUGCAUUCACUACUAAAGUGACCAUCGAAAGGUGCACAUUGCACACAGCUCGUCGAGCUUUGAAGUGCUUUGAGUUUCGGACUUAAGCUGGCUGUAGCUGCGUGGAAUUUUGCUAGGAGUAACCCAAUGAAAAUACGGGAAAAACAGUGACAAAGAACGUUUUGAUUGAGCGAACCAUACUAGAGAAGAGAACAUUGACCGAAAGCUUGUGUGCGUUUAAGUAGAUCACAUUUUUUUUCGCAUUGGAAAAGUACCGUGAAACAAAAGAACUGUGAGUGAGUGAUUGAAUCAUUUUGGAAUCAAAGUGAAGAAAAAGUGACAACCUUUGGUCGGAGAAAUUUACGCUUCCGAGUGCGCGGUUUUCGAUGGGUGUUCGUUGGCAUUCGUGGAGCUGAUUUUUUUCCUGGUCGGCAUUGUGGAAUAAUUGUUCAUUUUUUGUGCUCCAUACGGAACUUGUGAAUCUGUCAUCGCGCUGUGCAACGCUUUAGGGCAAACCCGGCGGGCGGAUGGAUCACGGUGGAGCGACGGUGGGCGCUCGCUCGAGACGGUCACCGCGACGCUGUAGUGGUGAUAUUUAAGUACGCGAGCGACAUCGCGACGCACAUGUGCAGUGGUGACACAGUCAGUUUCAGUGUGUAGCGUGUGUCCUCACGCGCUCAAGCUUGGUGUUGCAAGUGUCGAUCUCAAUCAACAACAACAACAACAACAACAUCACCAUCACCAGGCAGAAUACCUAAUGUGAUCGUCAUCUUGCUAAUGUGUGGAAAUGAAAGAUAAAAUGAUGACGGUGCUUCUGUGCUGCCGCCGAAGAAGAUGAUGAUGAUGAUGGUGAUGUUAAUGAUGAUAAGCAGAUAUUUUUAGCGUAAAGAAAACGAAAUGAAAAACACGCGACGGAUGUGAAGCAGAACGUGUGGAAUCGGAAGAAAUCUCGAAAGUGUUGUGUGUUAUGGAGCUAUAGUAGAGGAAGAAAUUUAUUGCGAGGGUGGAUGCUGCUGUAAAAUUACUGCUUCGCCGAAAGCGAGUGUUGGUGUCAUCAUAAAUAGUGGAAUCAAAUUCGAGGAAAAAUGUGUCAAAUGAAGAAUAAAGAGUAACAGUUUUUUGUUUUGAGUGCGAAGAAAAUGCUGCCUGCAAUCUUAAUAGCCGCUAAGUGCCUUUGUGAAUCGAUAUUGAAAUCUCUAAGGUAGAAAAGGAGCCAAGGUUGUGUGGAAACAUCUAUUUUGGUGUGUCGGCUAAGUCAAACUUGAAGGUUCCUCGUCGUCUGACUACAUCGUUGUCCCCGGAGUAAACACGACCUUCUCGAAUAUGACCACCACAGGCUAUCACGCUGGCAUCCCCGGGUAAUACCGUUCCGCCCGUUUUGUGGCGUGCACGACGAAAAGCCGAUUCACAACGCCAGCAGCCGGGCGGCAGAGGCCACCCGCGCCCGCUCGACCAGGACCGCCCUCCUGGUGCUGACCAGGGUCUUUACCAGUCGGCGGCGUACCGACAGCAUCACUUUUACUAUCACAGUCUCCAGCAGCACCGGCUCUGGAGGACGAAUGACGCGGUCUCACAGCUCAGGACCAAUUGGAAGGUUGCUCAAAAACUAGGCCUGCACUUGCGCAGUAUAGAGGAGCCUCAGAGCAGAAUGCCCGCCGAGCAGGGGGGCACAGUGGGGCUCGAUACUUCGUUGGGCUCUCGUUCUGGUGUCCCCCUGCCGCUUCAGCUACAGCCAGCUUCGCAAUCCGCUCCGAACAGUACCUCGGGUCAGAAUCAUCACCAGCUGGCCCUGAACAAUCACCAUCACCCGCAUCAUCAUCACCAUCACCAUCCGCUGCACCAGCAUCAUGUGGGCAGCGGAAGCAGCAGUGUCACCACCGGUGGAGCGGGUAGCUCUGGAUCUACCGCCAGCUAUGAUGCCGAAUUCGCACGGAUGGAGUCCUGGCUUGAUGAGAAUCCGGAGUUCAUGCAGGACUACUUCAUCCGGAAGGCCACCAGAAACAUGGUCGACGGGUGGAUGGUUUCGCAUGCCACACCGGUGACGACGGGCAGCGGGAGUAACAUGGACUCACCGACUCAUGGCGUAGGAGCUCAGGCUAGUUCCUCGCGGGCAGGCUCCGGAGCGACCACACCAGUGAGGAAAAUUUCCGCCCACGAGUUCGAGCGCGGCGGUCUGCUGAAGCCUAUCGUGAAUACCAUCGACGGGACACCCACCUUUCUCAGUAUUGGGCUGCAGAACGAGUGUUUGCUGUCCGGCGGAGGCCAUCAAAGCCAUCAGAACGGAGGAGCGUGGGGUGGACCAAGCGGAAGCCAACGUCCUCAGCGGUUAUCUCGGAAUGAACUUCGACAGCUGGACGAGCGGGAGCUGAUAUUUGAACUGGUGAAGGACAUCUGCAACGAUCUGGACGUGCGGUCGUUGUGCCACAAAAUUCUGCAAAACGUGUCAAUUCUACUGAAUGCCGACCGGGGAUCACUAUUUCUGGUGCAAGGCAAAAGUACCUGUGGCAGUGAUAAUACCAAAAAAUGUUUAGUAUCUAAAUUAUUCGACGUCUGCUCGAGCAGCACGCUGGAGGAGAUGGAACAGCAGGACGAGGUGAAGGUGGCGUGGGGAAUGGGAAUCGCGGGCCACGUGGCCGAAAGCGGAGAACCCGUCAACAUACCGGAUGCUUACCAGGAUGGACGGUUCAACCGGGAAAUCGACGUUCAAACUGGUUACCGUACAAAGGCACUGCUCUGCAUGCCCAUCAAGGACGCGUCCGGCGAUGUGGUCGGGGUUGCCCAGGUUAUCAACAAGCACGGAGACCAGCGCUUUUCCGUGGCCGAUGAGAAGGUAUUUGCGUCCUAUCUGCAGUUCUGUGGCAUCGGGCUGCGAAACGCUCAACUGUACGAAAAGUCCCAGCUGGAAGUAAAACGGAACCAGGUUCUGCUGGAUUUGGCGCGAAUGAUUUUCGAGGAGCAGAGCACAAUCGAGCAUAUGGUGUUCCGAAUAUUGACCCACAUGCAGAGCUUAAUUCAAUGCCAAAGAGUUCAAAUCCUACUAGUGCACGAGGCAUCCAAGGGAAGCUUCUCGCGUGUGUUCGAUUUUGAAGCAAAUGAUCUCAGCGAGGACGAGGGUGAUGCGCGGACCAGUCCGUUCGAGUCCCGUUUUCCCAUCAACAUAGGCAUCACCGGCUAUGUGGCCACAACCGGAGAGACGGUGAAUAUCGGCAACGCCUACGAGGACGAUCGAUUUGAUCCCAGCGUAGACGAGGGGCAGAGCUUCCAGCACAAAACCAUCCUCUGUAUGGCGAUCAAGAAUUCUCUAGGUCAAAUUAUAGGAGUAAUACAGUUGAUCAACAAGUUUGACGAACUUACCUUUACCAAAAACGACGAAAACUUCGUGGAAGCAUUCGCCAUCUUCUGCGGCAUGGGCAUCCACAAUACCCAUAUGUACGAAAAAGCAAUCGUGGCAAUGGCCAAGCAGAGCGUCACACUGGAGGUGCUCAGCUAUCAUGCCUCGGCCACCAUCGAUGACGCGUGCCGGUUACGGCAACUCAAAGUUCCAUCCGCAGCGUUCUACCAGCUGCAUGAUUUCAAAUUCGACGACCUUUUCAUGGAGGACGACGAUACGUUGAAGGCUUGCCUGCGGAUGUUCCUGGAUCUGGAUCUGGUCGAGAGGUUUCACAUCGACUACGAAGUUCUCUGCCGGUGGUUGUGUUCGGUGAAGAAGAACUAUCGCAACGUCACCUAUCACAACUGGCGGCACGCGUUCAACGUUACGCAGAUGAUGUUUGCCAUCCUGACGUCCACGCAGUGGUGGAAGAUCUUCGGCGAGAUUGAGUGCCUUGCGUUGAUCAUCGCUUGUCUGUGCCAUGAUCUGGACCACCGUGGGACCAACAAUUCCUUCCAGAUCAAAGCCUCAGCACCCCUAGCUCAACUGUACUCCACAUCGACGAUGGAGCAUCACCACUUCGAUCAGUGCUUGAUGAUCAUCAACAGCCCCGGAAACCAGAUCCUAUCGAACAUGUCCUCCGAGGACUACAGCCGGGUGAUAAAAGUAUUAGAGGAUGCGAUCCUAUCCACCGACCUGGCGGUGUACUUUAGGAAACGUGGCCCAUUUUUGAGUCUAGUGAAACCAAAUACGCAGAUUGAAGUGUGGCAAGCGGAGGUACCUCGCUCGCUGCUGCGAGCGAUGAGUAUGACCGUUUGUGACCUGGCGGCCAUCACCAAGCCAUGGGAAAUCGAGAAACGGGUCGCCGAACUGGUGAGUUCGGAGUUUUUCGAACAGGGCGACAUGGAACGACAGGAGCUGAACAUCACUCCAAUCGACAUUAUGAACCGCGAGAAAGAGGACCAAUUACCAAUUAUGCAAGUGGGAUUUAUCGAUUCAAUUUGCCUACCAAUCUAUGAGGCAUUCGCCUCUCUUUCCGACACGUUGGUUCCUCUGGUUGACGGUGUCAAGGAUAACAAGAACCAUUGGCUUGAUGUGGCGCAGAGUUCCAAAGAGAAAUUUGCCAACAAUAACAAUAACAUGUGCAGUCAAAACAAGAACAGCAGCACCAACACGAUUACCGAGGAUGGCGAGGAGGAAGAGGAUGUGCAGGAGGAGGCGGAGGAGGAGGAGAAGGAAGAAGAGUCCAGUGACAACAACCUACGACCUACAUUAGGAUCACCCACAAGUAAUGUCCAAUGUAGUAAUGCAAACAGUACGGUUGACACUGAUAAUGAUAACCAUAGUAUAGGUACUAACGAAACCAGCAAUACCAGCACUAACAUUGCGGAAAAGAUCGUUGGCCGGCUCGGGGUGGAUUUGACGUCAACGACGACUGCCUUCUCGGAGGUUCCAUCCUACCUGAUAGGCAAGAAGGAAAACGGCUGGGUCAGUCCCGGGAGCGAAAAACUACGACUUCUCCGGUUAUCAUCCGUGGAAGGUAAAACCACUGACAGUGAGUAACUUCUACUGGACCAAUAAACCAAAAACAAAACAAAGGGCUACAAAUAUACCCCCUUAUACUGAUCGUGCAACAAGUAUUCAGCCACAUACAUACGAAUUUAUCCUUUGGACGAUUUACUAGUACUACCAACUUCCUAUGUGGUGUGACUCGUAAGGAUAGUUUUCAGUUUUACUUAUGUAGUGAUUCGACUUUUUUUAAAUUAAAAUACAGUAGUUUUAUUCUAAUGCCAUAAUGCUCUCUUUUUCCUGUGUACUGUUAUUACACUAAUGGAAGCUGGUUUCCAUUUACGUGCGGAUGAUUUCUUUUACUGCAUGCGCAUCAAGAAAUACUAUCGGUUUCAAAAUUGUCACUCUGUUUUGAGCAGAAUUAAUCGUCCAUCCCAUCCUGAAACGCUACGGCUCUAUAGGCGAAUGCCACCGGCAUCCUACAACUAACUUACGUACAUAAAUUAGCUGUAGCUUAUUUGGGAACAAACAUCUUGGAAUUUGAUCAAUUUUCAACUCGAAGAUGGACAUCAGUCGGUGUAAGUUUGCACCGAUGCUUAUUGUGAAGAAUAUAAAAUAUCAAAAGAAGCAGCACUAGUCAGCAGAUUAAUAAUCUUAAUUUAUAAGUCCUUUCGUAGUUUCAUAGAGUAAAAACUAGGUUAAUUAUUGAAAGUGUAGGAACGAGUCCCGGCUGCGUGUGUGCUUGAGUGACCGAAAGUGUAGACGUCGAGUGGCUUGAAUGGCUAAAGCGAAACGAAAACAAUAAAAAGCAAGAACCAGAAUCAUGAAUCAACUUAUAUUAUUACGUUAAUAUAUUAUAUGGAGAUGUUGAUCAACGUUACUUGAGGUAGUUUAACUUCUGAUUCCUUUCUUGUAGAGUGAUAAGAUUUGUGUAGCAUGAACGCAAGAGAUGAUCAGUCCUAAAUUAAAUAUUUCCUAUAUUUGAA